AACUUUGGUUUGAUAAGGUCAUCUGUUUGCAGCGGAGGGCAGCAGACAGGCACAGCAGCCGCAAAACCAAACCCCAAAUAUUUUCUAUUUCUCUUGCUUUUUGCGCACUUGGCGAGAAAGAGGUUAGGCCUUAUUCACAGUUCUCCACGAUAUUCGCUUUCUUAUACUCUUUCUGUCCGUCACAUACGCAUUCACUCAAUUCAUUUGCUGUAUCUACAUUUCAAUUUCUUUCAGGCUCGAUGGGGUCCAUAAUUCGUGAAUGGGUCGGGUUUCAGCAGUUCCCUUCUGCCACACAAAGUAAACUCGUGGAAUUGUUUGGCAAAUUAAAGGAAGAGGGUGUGAGCACUUUGACCAUCCUUGUGAUGGGCAAAGGUGGAGUUGGAAAAUCUUCGACUGUCAAUUCUCUCAUUGGAGAGAGAGUGGUUAAUGUGAAUUCCUUCUCGUCAGAGGUGUCGAGACCUGUAAUGGUUUCACGGACCCGUGCUGGAUUCACAUUAAACAUCAUAGACACACCGGGCCUUGUGGAGGGUGGCUAUGUCAAUUACCAAGCUUUGGAAUUGAUUAAACGGUUUCUUUUGAGCAAGACUAUAGAUGUUCUGCUGUAUGUUGACCGCAUGGAUGCAUAUAGAGUGGAUGACUUGGAUAAGCAGAUAAUAAGUGCCAUUUCUGAUAGUUUUGGGAAAGAAAUAUUGUGUAAAACUUUGCUUGUCCUCACCCAUGCACAACUCUGCCCACCGGAUGAUCUCAGUUAUGAUGUUUUUUCGGCUAGAAGAUCAGAGGCUGUCUUAAAGACCAUUCGUGCAGGAUCAAGGAUGAGGAGAAGAGAGUUUGAGGAUUCUGCCAUUCCAGUUGGUUUGGUUGAGAAUAGUGGGAGAUGCAAUAAAAAUGAGAGUGAUGAAAAGAUUCUCCCAAAUGGCGAGGCUUGGAUACCCAGCUUGGUAAAAGAAAUCAUUGGGGUUGCCACAAAUGGGAACAAAUCCAUUGUUGUUGACAAGAAGUUGAUAGAUGGGUCAGAGUCAAAUGACAGGGGGAAGGUGUUGAUUCCUCUCAUUCUUGGGAUUCAGUGGCUUAUUGUGAAAUGGAUUCAAAGAGCAAUCAAAGAUGAUAUUGCAAAAGGGGACAAGGCCUUGUGAGUGCUGCUCAAUUUGGUUGUGGUCAAGGGCAUGUUCUCAUAUGGCUCUUUGAUAUUGUCUUUCACUUUCUUUCCCUGCUACUAAAUUCCAGUCUGUCUUCUGGUACCUUCAUCUUCUGAAAAUUCAAUCCAUGACACCUGAGUGUCCAUGUUUUGGUUUCCUUUGGUCGAGUGUAUUUUUGUCCCGGAGCUUCAUGUAAUUUUCUCUUGUUGGAAUAUUUGUCUAUUUAUUGUUCUUUCUUGGUAUUGUAUAAAAUUUUAACGAGGUGUUGGAAGGAUUGAAGCAUCAAAAUCGCUGUUGCUCUCAAGCAGAAAUACAUCAAGUUUACUGGCAGACAAUGCACAGGCACAAUCUCCUUUCGAGUAAGAUAUCACCUAUUAGUAAUAGAAGAGUACAUGGCUGGUGCGCACUUUAUGUUCAAAUGUUAAUGUAAAAUGCACUUUAUUAGUUUA